GCCCGUAUCGUAUCGCGAAUCUUAGCCGACCUAAAGCGAACAGGUUGCGAGAAAAGUGAAGACCUUAGAAACUAACGUAGAGGGACUUGCGUGCUGGUAAGGUUGCCUCAUUGAAUGAAACUCUGUAAAGUCACGCGCGAAUUGGCGGGAACGCGCAUUCACGUGCUUGGGUCGAGUUUUUUAGUGUUAAUAUUCACGAUGGUACUUGCGGAAUUAAUUGGGAUUUUUAUCACUGCCUUGACCAUUAUAUAUAUUUAUUAUAAAUAUAUGAUUUUCAAUUUUUGGCACAAGAAGGAUGUUUUUUACGUUAAACCUGUUAUACCAAUUGGAAAUAUCUCACCACUUAUUACUGGAAAAGUACAAAUAGGUGUAUUCUUUCAUGAUGUAUACAUGAAAUAUAAGGAUCAUCGCGCUUUUGGAAUGUAUGUACUUUUUAAACCAAUCUUAGUGAUCGCCGACUUGGAUCUUAUUCGAACGGUAUUAACAAAAGAAUUUAAGAGUUUCCAUGAUCGUGGGAUGUAUAGCAACGAAAAUAUUGAUCCAUUGUCUGCCAAUGUGUUUCUUUUACCUGGAAAGAAAUGGCGAAGUUUACGUGCCAAAAUGACACCUACUUUUACUACUGGAAAAAUAAAACAGAUGUUUUCGCUUUUGGUGGAAUGUAGCGAAAAACUUUCAAAGAAUCUAGAAAGCAAAGCCCAGAUGAGAGAGUCCGUCGAGAUAAAAAAUAUGUUAGCAAGGUACUCAAUAGAUGUUAUUAUGUUAACCGCUUUUGGUAUCAAAUCCAACUGUAUUCAGGAUCCAUAUGACGAGUAUUUCGUCCAAGGAAAACAAAUUUUUAAGCUAAAUCCAAUUUGGAUUGCCUUGGCAAUGUUCAUGCCAAAAAUUAUGGAUUUUUUUUCUAUACCACUCACUGACAAAUGUAUUUCCAAUUUUUAUAUAAAUACUUUUCGAGAGAUUGUGAAAUAUAGGCAAACUCAUAAUAUUAUCAAACAUGAUUUUAUGAAUCUACUCAUACAGCUCAUGGAAAAAGGUUACAUUGACAACGAUAAAAUUAUCAAUAUGUCAGAAACCACAAAGAUUACCAUGUUGGAAGCUGCUGCACAAAGUUAUGUUUUUAUCGCAGCUGGCUUUGAAAGCUCCUCGACGACUGCAACAUUCGCUCUAUAUGAAUUAGCUCAACAUCAAGAUAUACAAGAUAAAGUUCGCAAGGAAAUUGACGAAAUAUUGGAAAAGCAUAAUGAUCUGUCUUACGACGCGAUGAAUGAAAUGAAAUAUCUUCACAAAAUAAUAAAUGAAACUAUGAGAAAAUAUCCACCUCUUCCACUGAUAAAUCGUAUCUGUACCGAGGAAUUAGACUUACCGACAACAAAUAUUCAUGUGCCAAAGGAAACAUUGAUAAUUGUACCAGUGUUUGGACUGCAUCGAGAUCCUGCUAUAUAUCCGGAUCCAGAUAAGUUUGAUCCUGAACGAUUCAAUGAGGACGAGGUAGCAAAAAGACAUUCUUAUGCUUAUUUACCAUUCGGUGAAGGUCCACGGAAAUGCAUUGGUGAACGAUUUGGGUACGCACAGGUAAAAGUCGUACUAAUUGGUCUUCUGGCCAAAUACAAAUUCAAACUACAUUCCCGGACUACAGUCCCACUUAUUUUCAAUGAAAGAAGUGCCGGUCUUACUGUAAGAGGCCAUGUACACCUUAUUAUUGAGCCACGAUAAAAUAAAUCACAUUUAAAUUAAUUUCUUGUUUGCGUAUCUUAUUUAUACAUAUUUUAUACAUACUUUAAGGUAUAUUUAUUUCUAAAUAUUUAUACGUUAAAAUAAUGUUAAAUUACUUUGAAGCGCAGCGAGAGCAGCAGGCUUGUCUACAUCUAAUUAGAUUAUAUCUCGAAAAAUAAUUUAUAAAUCAUAAUAAAAAUUUGUUUUAUUGUUAAGAAUUCAAGAACACUAACAAGUUAAAUUUUCUGACGUCUUCGAUUAUUAUUGUUAAGAAAUAAACUUUUUUAUGAAAAAAAUCGAUUUUUAUUCUUGAACGAUAAUGGGAGUAUAAUUCAAGGUAAUUUAUAUUACACUCUUACUAUAAAAUAACAAAUUAACUAUCUUUGUAGACAAUAAAAAAUUUAUAAUUUUAUAUUUUUAAAAUCGUUGUACAAUCAAUAUAUAAUUCAAGAAUAAUGUACAAUCAUUGUAAAGUAACUGCUAUAUAUUUUUCUUUAUGCAUAUGUAAAUAUAAAUACAUUUGUACACAUUUGUAAAAGAUUUUUAGCUGAUAAAUUUAAUACAAUGAUCUCAAAACAUGUUUCUAAAACAUAAAAAACCUAAUUGUUUUUCACAGAUACAAAAGCUUCUUCUACGAGAAAACAAAUAAUUAAUUUUUACACGUUUUUUUAUAUUAUAACAAAAAUCAUUAAAUUUUAAACAGUUUCACAAGAAGUACAAAUAUUCACGAGUAUUAAAAAAAAAUUAUCGAUUAAGAUUUGUGUUGUAGACAGAUUUUUGUCUAAAAACACGAGUUUUCUUUUUACUGUGCGUCGUAACAUUAAAUUCUAAAAUAUAAUUUUUAACCUCCUUUUCAGGGCAAUAUGUGAGAAGAAAUCAUGGUAUACUGAGUAAAAAUUAUUCGCUAAAGCUUGCACUUUUUCUUUAGGAUUGUAAAGGAUGGUGCUCGAUGGUGCUUCAAGACAAAAGAGGGAGUUGACAUCUUUUUAC